UGCUUUUGUCGCUUCCGCCAAGCCGUUCAUCAUCUGUGGCAGCUGUGAUGGCUGAUCCGUGCGCAAUUCCCCCUCCAGGUGGAUCAAGCCACACGUCCGGACCACAAGCUCCGAACAGCUCUCCAGCCACAGCGCCAUUCACCUGUGUGGACUGCGCCACGCAACAGCAGAGAAAUCGACAGCAUCGAGUUGCGAAACCUUCCUCUGCUGCGUCCGCCUCCCGCUCCCAUCCAAGACCCCGACUUUGAGUAGUUAACACCCAUCACAAAUCAUCCAAAAUGGGAAAGGUUCACGGAAGUUUGGCUCGUGCCGGAAAGGUCAAGUCUCAGACCCCUAAGGUCGAGAAGCAGGAGAAGAAGAAGACUCCCAAGGGCCGUGCGAAGAAGAGACUCACUUACACUCGCCGUUUCGUCAACAUCACCUUGACUGGUGGCAAGCGCAAGAUGAACCCUAACCCCACUGCUUAAAUUACCCAACCACCAACACAACAAUGCACCUUUCUCGAUACCCUGUUCGCGGCUCCUUCUGAGUUGAAGCAAGAUCGGUCACCAGCAGCGAUGUCGGGAGCUUUUGUCUUUGGGUAAGGACCAGGAGAGGGAACCAAAACUGGGAGACAUGGGAAUCUUUUCAUGAUGUUAUGGAUUGAUUGGCUUUGCGAAUCAUGGGCGAAAGAGAACUCUGGCAGCUUGGGAGAAGGUCGUUAUAAUCAAGACCAAUCCCCGAACCAUCAUCAUGGGGGUCAUUUAUAUCAUGGCUUACACACAGCAUGGGAUGUCACUUUUGCACGCUUUUAUUUUCUUUCGGCAAACGGGAAAUGGUAUAUCUGGGUCUAUUUUCUUCUUUGCGACAUGAUACUGCCUACCUGCCUAUAGCGUGUGACAAGACAGUCAGAUAUGAGAGAAGCCGCUGUGUGUCUUCUAUCCUGCAAGCCAAAUGAUACAGCCUGUUUACCAGCGA